AAGAUUUCCACUCUUGCUCUUCACUUCUAGGGUCUCUCUCUUUCUCGAUCUCGAAUUGUUUUCAGAAUGAAGAGCUACAUGCAACCAAAGAGUGGAAUUUUGAGGACGAAUCCCUCCAUUGAAACCACUUCUUCUCCAAACCCUAGUCCUUUCAAGCAGAGAUCUUCUCGAAGACAGAAAGAAAACGCUGCACCACCGGAUCCAAAUGCAUUGCCGGAUUCUGCGUUGUCACCGUCGCUGGCGGCAGCGAAAUCAGCGCCGACUGGAAAAAGCAGAAGUCCUCUGCCACCAAGACCCCCAAGUUCAAAUUCGAACCCCCUCAAAAGGAAGCUUAAUAUGGAAACAGUUUUCGAAAAUGGUGUUAUAGGGACUUCUGAUUCUGGAGUUAAAGUAAUAGUGCGGAUACGGCCUCCAAACAAGGAAGAAGAGGAUGGAGAGUUGAUGGUACAGAAUAUUUCCAGUGAUUCCUUCUCGUUUCUCGGGCAGACCUUUACUUUUGAUUCUGUUGCUGACAAUGGUGCAACACAGCAAGAUAUAUUCCAGCUCGUGGGAGCCCCUCUGGUGGAGAACUGCCUCGCUGGGUUUAACAGUUCCAUCUUUGCAUAUGGACAGACCGGUAGUGGAAAGACAUACACAAUGUGUGGACCUGCCAACGCCCUGUUGGAAGAAAAUUUAUCGAGCAAACAGGGCUUGACACCUCGUGUCUUUGAGAAGCUUUUUGCACGCAUAAAUGAGGAGCAAAUUAAGCAUGCUGAAAAACAACUUAAGUAUCAAUGCAGAUGUUCUUUCCUUGAGAUUUACAAUGAACAUAUCACUGAUUUGUUGGAUCCUAAUCAAAAGAACCUCCAGAUUAGAGAAGACGUGAAAACAGGUGUUUAUGUUGAAAAUCUGACAGAGGAGUAUGUAGGUACAAUGAAGGACGUGAAACUGCUUUUGAUAAAGGGAUUAUCAAACAGAAGGACUGGUGCAACAAGUAUAAACGCAGAGAGUUCCCGUUCACAUAGUGUUUUCACUUGCGUUGUAGAAUCACGUUGCAAGAGCAUGGCAGAUGGUCUAAGCAGCUUCAGGACUAGUAGAAUAAAUCUUGUCGAUCUUGCUGGAUCAGAAAGACAGAAGCUGACAGGAGCAGCAGGGGAACGCUUGAAAGAAGCAGGGAAUAUUAAUCGAUCCCUUUCACAGCUUGGGAACCUGAUAAAUAUUCUCGCCGAAGUCUCCCAAACAGGAAAGCAAAGGCAUAUCCCUUACAGGGAUUCUAGGCUGACAUUCUUAUUACAGGAAUCUCUAGGUGGCAAUGCAAAAUUGGCAAUGAUUUGUGCCAUUUCUCUUGCAGAAAGCUGUAAGAGUGAAACACUCAGUACAUUGAGAUUCGCACAGCGUGCUAAGGCCAUUAAGAACAAGGCAGUUGUUAAUGAAGUAAUGCAGGAUGAUGUGAAUGUAUUGCGAGAAGUGAUACGCCAGCUAAAGGAUGAGCUUCUACAAAUGAAGGCAAACGGUAAUUCAACAAAUACUAAUGGAGGUUAUUCUACGGGGUGGAAUGCCCGUAGAAGCUUGAAUCUCUUAAAAUUUAGCCUCAACCGCCCGAUGAAAUUACCACAUAUUGAAGAUGACAGUGAUGAGGAGAUGGAAAUUGAUGAGGAAGCCGUUGAGAGGCUCUGCAUUCAAGUAGGUCUGCAAUCUGCAGGCUUUGAAGAAAAUAAUAUUAAUGAUUCGAGAAACCUAAAAACCUGUCAGUCAGACUCAAAAGUUGAGGCUCACAAAGAAAGCAUUCUUGGGGAGGAAAAGCAGAUUGAUACUCUGGAAAUUGGAUGUGGCAAUGAUCAAGGUUAUGAAGAAAUUGACGUUCACAUGCAAGACUGUCAAUUAGAGGAAAUGGUAUCCGAAGAAUUCAAUAAGCAUGAAGUGGUUGAUGGUUGCAGAGAACAUUUGCUCCAAGCCCCUAGCAGUCCUAAACUUGAUGGACUGAACCAUCAGAGUCAUGCAGAGAACAGUAAUACAGAGGGUUCCACCGGGCAGCCCAAUCAGGAGAAGCUUUUUGCCUCUUCAGACUGUAAAUUGUCUAAAGUAUCGCCAGGCAAGGUUGAUGAGACGAAAUCAUCAGCAGAUAUUUCCGUUGGUGGAGGUUUAGAUAUUUUCAUUGCAGAUCCAUCUCAUAAUUCUCCCACAAGCUCUCCAAAUUCUGUUCUUCCUUUUAACAUAAGUAUAGUGCCUUCUGAAAAUUCUCCAGUUUAUCAGUCCCCAACAUUGAGUGUUUCACCUAGAGUCAAUAACAGCAGCAGGAAAGGUCUUACGACAACAUCAAUGUUAUCAGCUUCUCAGAAAAACCUAAGAGAGAGCAAUAGUUUAGGUCCAGAGGUUCUACAGUUAUCCCUUGCUCCUCCCUCCACUAAAACAAGCAAGAAUUCUCUUUCACCAACUGAAUACCUUGCUGCUAGUCUUCAUCAUGGUCUUCAGGUUAUUGAUAGCCACAUCCAGAGUUCAGCUUUGAGAAGGUCUUCAUUCAGAUUUUCUUGUAAACCUGUGGAUAUGAAACCACUUUUACCAGUUGACAAGGUUGAUGUGGGUGUGCAAGCUCUUUUUCAAGAUCCAGAGACACUGCAAGUUGAUUCAUCAGCAUUUUUGUGCAGUAAGUGUAUGAGCAGAGAUUCUCAAGUAGAGUCCAAAGAGGCCAAUGAUUGCUUGGGCCUACAGUUGGUUCCUGUUGAUGGAUCAGAUUCUGCUGAAAAUUCCAGGAUGCAAGUUCCUAAGGCAGUGGAAAAGGUCUUGGCAGGAGCCAUCAGGAGAGAAAUGGCACUUGAAGAGUUCUCUUCCAAGCAAGCCACCGAAAUUAGGCAACUGAAUCGACUUGUCCAGCAAUAUAAACAUGAGAGGGAAUGCAAUACCAUAAUAGAGCAGAUGCGGGAGGAUAAAAUUAUCCGCCUUGAGAGCCUCAUGGAUAACAUUUUACCUACUGAGGAGUUUAUGGAGCAAGAAUUAGUAUCAUUUAUGCAUGAGCACAAGCUUCUUAAAGAUAAAUAUGAGAACCAUCCUGAGGUUUUGAGGACAAAAAUUGAGUUGAAAAGAGUACAAGAUGAACUGGAUACCUAUAGAAACUUCUUUGAUAUGGGAGAGAGGGAUGUGCUAUUGGAAGAGAUUCAACAUUUGAAAAGUCAGCUACAGUAUUAUAUAUAUUCUUCACCCUUGCCUGCUCGAAAACAAAGUCCUUUGUUACAGUUGACCUACCCAUGUGAACCCACUUCGGCUCCUUUAUGUGUGAUUCCUGAGUUAAAUGAGGAAAAUGCCAAUGAGAGGUCCGAACAGGAGAAGCAUCAAUCUUUAUGUAUUCUUGAGACAACUGAAGAAAGUGUCAAGGAGAAAUUUGAACAGGAGAGGCGUUGCUGGAUAGAGGCAGAGAGCAAGUGGAUUUCUCUUUCUGAUGAAUUGAGAAUUGAAUUGGAAGCAAGCCGCUCUAUUGCUGAGAAGCAGAAGCAGGAACUUGAUGCUGAAAAGAGAUGCUGUGAGGAGCUGAAGGAAGCAUUGCAGAUGGCAAUGCAGGGGCAUGCACACAUUCUUGAACAGUUAGCAGAGCUUGAGGAGAGACAUAUUGCAUUGCUUGCAAGGCAUCGAAAGAUCCAAGAGGGUGUAGGAGAUGUCAAGAAAGCUGCUGCAAAAGCAGGAGUAAAGGGUGCUGAGUCCAGGUUCAUCAACUCUUUAGCUGCUGAAAUUUCAACCUUAAAAGUGGAAAGAGAGAGGGAAAUACGCUACUUGAGGGAAGAGAAUAAAGGACUUCAAGCUCAAUUAAGGGACACUGCAGAGGCAGUACAGGCUGCUGGUGAGCUACUUGUGCGUCUAAAAGAAGCAGAAGAAGCUUCGGCUAUUUCCCAGAAGCGAGCUAUAGAGGCAGAGUACAAGGCUGAGAAGGCCUACAAACAGAUCGAUAAAUUGAAGAAGACACAAGAAACAGAGAUCACUUCAAUGAACCAGCUCUUUGAAGAAUCUCCAUUACCUAAAGAAGUAUCGAGACCUGUCUACGAUGAUUCUAACUUGAUGAGAUAUGAUGGAGGGGAGUCCCUUAGUGGUGCUGAUGAUCAGAAAUGGAGAAAGGAGUUUGUACCUUUCCACCAUGGAGAAGAUGGUGAGCUCUCAAAACUAGCAGAGCCUUCAUGGUUCUCUGGGUAUGAUCGGUGCAACGUAUAAGAGGAUUGUAA